AAAUACUUCACCUCUUCACUACAAACUGACAGGGACACAUACCACCACACAGUCAUCUUUCAGUGUAAUCAACAAACCUCAUGGAACAAUGCUGCAAGGAACUGCUCCGCAAUCAAACUCAUGAAUGCAAAGAAAGUUCCAAACAGCAAUGACACAAAAUAUGACAUCCAGAGUACCAGCUCUACAACACUCGAAGUGACUCAAGUACCAUUCCCCCAUAAACCCCCAAAGCAACCACACCCCUCCACCAUUGCCGAAAUGAAAACCCUAGAUGCACAGCAUCAUGUAAGUUGCACAACAUUUUUCCAUACAAAUUAAAACUUGAAGUACAUUGAAAACAAAUGGCAUGACUGUUGAUUUUCACUCUUGCACUCUCUGUGUACAGAUACCCACACUAAAAGCCAAAGUAACAAAGAUAGAGUCUGUUAAAAAUGUGUUUUUUAACAAGACUGAAGCAGAGGUAAUGAACUGUUGGAUAACUGAUGAAACCGGAGGAAUUCAAAUUGCCUUGUGGGACAACUUCAUUAGUGACGUCUAUCAAGGAAACUCGUAUAACUUUACGAACCUGAUGACAAAAAGGUACCAACAAAAAACCUUUUUACAAUCAACCAGACACACAACAAUUACACCUUUAAAAAUUCAAAUUUCUACUGGACCACUUCAUCAAAUGUCUGAGGAUGAAAUUACUCCUCACAAAAACAUCACCUCUGCUUUACAAGGUGUGCAAAUAAACAUCAGUAAACACUGCCCAAAGUGUGCCACUCUUCAACAAGAUUUUUCUCCACAAUGUGCUUUCCACCGCUGCACAUGCAAAAUGUUAAGGAGUGGCACCGCUUACGUCACAAAACUUGGUGGCAUUUUGGAGUUUAAAGAGAACAAAACGGAGCUCUCUUUAACAGUGUCAAAUUCCAUUUUGAAGAGAUUUUUAGCACCACUACUUGACCUGGGCAACACCGAUGCCCAGGACAUCGAACAGAUGUUCCUGGCCAUGAAAAGUUUAACAGUAACAUUUACACACAACAUGCAGGUUCUACAAAUGCAAAAAACACCCAACGACGAUACUGAUGAGGAACUUCUUCACAUUGAAGAAACUCAAUUGUCACCAGAACCUGCUGCACUUUUUAUCCCGCAAAAAACACCAGUAAAAGAAACCAAACAUUCAAACGAUGAACCGUUUCUUCAAAUUGUAGAAACCGAAUCGUCACAAGAACCUGCUGCACUUUUCAUCCCACAAAAAAGACCUGUAACAGAAACCAAACAUUCAUGUAAAAAAACAAAGUGUGAUACAUAGACUUGUGUUAAGUUUAUACAACCUGUAUAACUUGUAUUUUCUUGUAAAAAAAAAAAAAUUGUAGAUGUAGAUCUAUAGGGGUUUACUUUUCAGUGGUUAAAAUGUUUG